AGGUCACUAUCAUAUGACAAAGGCUUUGCUGCAGUUCAUCUCCUUUCCUGUGUACUUUCCAUUUGCCUUCCUGGAAUCUUGCUGUAUCACAGAAGUUGGGAAUUCUGAUGUUCCAUUGAACUCACAAUGGAAAGUCUUGACUUGACUGGCACCUUCAGGAAGACCCCAAGCCUCUAGCAGUACCUGGUAUCAUCUCCAGCAUGUUUAUAGAUAUGAAGGACUGACUCACUGGGAUUUUGAGAAAAACCAGAGACGAAUUGUUCCACUGUAGUCACCGUAAUGAAAGGCAGUAAUAGAAAUAAAGAUCAUUCAGCAGAAGAAGGAGCUGGAAAACGACCAAAAAGAAAGUGUCUCCAGUGGCAUCCAUUGCUAGCAAAGAAACUUCUUGAUUUCUCAGAAGAGGAGGAAGAGGAAGACGAAGAGGAGGAUAUUGACAAAGUUCAACUUCUUGGGGCUGAUGGCCUAGAGCAAGAUGUUGGAGAAACUGAAGAUGAUGAAUCACCAGAACAACGAGCCCGGAGACCAAUGAAUGCAUUUCUCUUAUUUUGCAAACGCCAUCGCUCCCUUGUACGUCAGGAACAUCCCAGGCUUGAUAACCGAGGUGCUACCAAGAUACUAGCUGAUUGGUGGGCUGUUCUCGAUCCAAAGGAAAAACAAAAAUACACAGACAUGGCCAAGGAGUAUAAAGAUGCAUUCAUGAAAGCAAAUCCUGGCUACAAAUGGUGUCCUACCACAAACAAGCCUGUGAAAUCCCCAACAUCCACUGUCAAUCCACGAAAGAAAUUAUGGACCUUCCCAUCUGACUCUUCAAGGGAUUUGCCAAGCCCUAAGAAAGCAAAGACUGAAGAUAUGCCUCAGCUCAAUUUUGGAAUGGCUGAUCCUACUCAAAUGGGAGGCCUGAGCAUGCUGCUGUUAGCUGGAGAACAUGCUCUUAGCACACCAGAGAUAUCCUCUGGCACUUGCAGGCCUGAUGUUUCAGAAUCACCUGAAAUGCGCCACAAGUCACCAUUAUUUCAGUUUGCCGAGAUAUCUUCAAGUACAUCCCACCCCGAUACUCCUUCAAAGCAGUGUCAGGCAUCAGCAUUGUUUCAGUUUGCAGAGAUUUCUUCGAACACAUCACAGUUGGGUGUUGCUGAGCCUGUAAAACGCUGUGGAAAGUCUGCACUUUUUCAACUGGCAGAGAUGUGCCUGGCAUCAGAAGGAAUGAAAAUGGAGGAAUCAAAGCUACUAAAAGCAAAAGACCCAAUUAGUGGAAGAAUUAAAGAAUUGGAGAAAGGAAGGGAAGAAAGAGAAAUUAAAAUAGAGAGAACAGAUGAAAACAGAUUACAGAAGGAAACAGAAUUUGAAAAAUCAGCUAGGGAAAAUAUGAGAGAUUCAAAGGAAGUGAGAAACUUUGAGGAGUUGCAUCUAGAUGACAUAAUGCCUAUUAAAAUGGAGAAUCCCAAAGAAAUUAAGAAAGAAGAGUUAGAGGAAGAUCAAAAAUUUAGCCACUUCCCUGAUUUUUCUUACUCUGCCAGUAGCAAGAUAAUAAUAAGCGACGUUCCCAGUAGAAAGGAUCACAUGUGCCAUCCUCAUGGAAUUAUGAUCAUUGAGGAUCCCACAUCAUUAAGCAAGCCAGAAAAACUGAAAAAGAAAAAGAAGAAGAGUAAAAUGGAUCGACACGGAAACGAGAAAUCCACACCAAAGAAGACCUGCAAGAAACGGCAGUCUUCGGAGUCUGAUAUUGAGAGUGUCAUAUACACUAUUGAAGCCGUUGCAAAGGGAGACUGGGGCAUUGAAAAGCUUGGAGAAACCCCUCGCAAGAAGGUCCGCACAUCCUCCAGUGGCAAGGGAAGCAUUUUGGAUGCCAAGCCACCAAAGAAAAAAGUGAAAUCAAGAGAGAAAAAAAUGUCUAAGGAGAAAUCCUCAGACACCACCAAAGAAUCAAGACCUCCAGAUUUCAUUAGUAUUUCUACCAGCAAGAACAUUUCUGGUGAGGUGCCAGAGGGUAUAAAAGCAGAACCAUUGACCCCCAUUGAGGAUGCAUUACUGCCCAGCCUUUCUGGACAGGCCAAGCCUGAAGACAGUGACUGUCACAGGAAAAUAGAGGCGUGUGGCUCCCGAAAAUCUGAGAGGUCUUGUAAAGGUGCUCUUUAUAAAACUCUAGUGUCGGAGGGCAUGCUCACCUCUCUGCGAGCUAAUGUUGACCGAGGGAAACGAAGCUCAGGAAAAGGAAACUCCUCUGAUCAUGAGGGGUGCUGGAAUGAAGAAAGCUGGACUUACAAUCAGAGUGGGACCAGUGGAAGCAAAAAGUUUAAAAAGAUGAAAUCUAAGGAAGAUUCCUUUCUUGGCUCGGCAAAGUUGGAUGAAGAAUUUGAAAAAAAAUUCAACAGCCUCCCUCAAUAUAGUCCUGUUACUUUUGACCGUAAAUGUGGACCUGUCUCAAGAAAAAAGAAGAAGACUGGAAAUGCGUCCUCAGAACCAACUAAAACCAGCAAAGGUCCUUUCCAGUCUCAGAAAAAGAAUUUAUUCCACAAAAUUGUCAGCAAAUAUAAGCACAAAAAGGAGAAGCCUAAUGUUCCAGAAAAAGGAAUUGGGGAUAAAUGGUCAAACAAGCAACUCUUCUUGGAUGUUUUUCACCCAAUAGAAGCCAUAUUUUCAGAAGACAAAACCACCACAGAGCCUGCUCAUAAGGUUAAAAAUAUCCCAUCCAUUCCCAACACUCCAGAGCCAACAACAACUCAAGAACCCUUGGUGGGCAGUCAAAAGAGAAAAGCAAGAAAAACCAAGAUCACACACCUUGUCAGGACAGCGGAUGGCCGGGUAUCACCAGCAGGAGGUACUUUGGAUGACAAACCAAAGGAACAACAACUGCAGAGGAGUCUCCCUAAGGUAAUUGAGACAGGCUGCAGUGACGGAUGCUCACACAAUGUGGAGGCCUCAGAGACGCGAAGCAGUACUCCUGAGAUGCCAGCCGUAUCUGCAUUCUUUAGCCUUGCUGCACUGGCCGAAGUGGCCGCCAUGGAAAAUGUGCACAGAGGUCAGAGAUCAACCCCACUCACCCAUGAUGGACAGCCAAAAGAAAUGCCACAGACUCCAGUACUUAUUUCCUGCGCUGACCAGUGAAGCGUUCUUUACUUGUAAAACAUUGUGCUUUAUCUACUACCCUCGCCUUGUCUUUACAGAGGGAUGCUAGUGAGUCCAUGUGGUGGAAAAUAAUAGACUGCAAACAAGUGUCUGUUGCCCAGUACGACCCAGAUUCACUUGAAGCAGAAAUUAGCAUCCUGGGCCAGUUUGUUCUUUCAGAACCCAGAACCUUUGAGGGUCACGUCUGAGAAUGAGCAGAAACUGAAUGAUCUUAGAGCUUUGCUUUCUAUUGAAGGCCUUCAGUGGUAAUAGGUGUUGACUUGGUAAAAGGCUGCCUUUACUGUAGCUCUCAGCAUCUCUUUUACCAACGAGAGAGUGUGAAACUAGUUUCGUAUAUUGCCUAGUUAUACUUUCAAAACAAAAACAAAAAAAAACAAAAACUGACGCACUGCACUAGUUAUUAUUAGAUAUUCUUAGUCUUUUUUGUACAUGGAGAUUUAAGUUUUAAGAUGGUUUAUAUAAUAGGUUAUACCUACAUUUAUAUUGUAGAAUAAUAUUAAAAAGCCUGUUCCAGAGACUCCCAAGCAGCACGGGCAGGCAGAUGUACCAUUGUUAGCGGUGUAUGCUCGGCCUCGUGGUCCAUAUCUUCUGCACUUUUAUAUUUGCCACCAGAGUAGUAGUUUGCUGGCAAAAAAAAAAAAAAAAAAAGGAAAAAGAUUAAAAUUCUUACAAGCUGAAUUUUUUUCUUAGCCUUGAGUGACCAAGAAGAAUUUGCUUGGGGCAAAUUGUGGCAAAUAUUUUCCCAGACAGGGGAAGAGUCCUGCAGAUUACCGAUUACUGAUGUUUUUCAUGCCUUGAGGAUUCUUUUAUUUUUACACAGGGGUCUAAGUGACCAAUGGAUCGUUCAUACAAACAAACAAAAAAAAAAGAAAAAAUAUUAUUCAGAAGUGACCUUAGUAUUACUUCACUAUUAUGAACACAUUGAAGACACUCACUUCAUGUGGACUUUGAACUACAAACCUAUCACAUCCAUCCCAGACUGACUGGACGGGUAGCAAUUGCUAUGCACAGCCUGAUCGGCACUGCAGGUUUUUAGAGCCAUUCGAGUUUGUGUUGUGGAAGAGGUAUGGAGUUCAUUGUGAGGGAUAUAUGCCUGACCAGAGUAGGGCUCUCAGUCAUAAAUACACCUGCAGGUUUGUUUCCUUUUUUUGUGUUUCGUUGCUUUUGACCACAAAAACAACCACACAUAUGCCAAAGCCAAAUGGAUUAACUGGCUUAGAACAUUCAACAUAUUGACUUAACCACCUGACGUUCCCAGUGUCUUGUUUCCUAGCAACAGAUGCAAAGUGAUAAAUCAAAAUUAGUCUGAGGCUACAGAUUUUACAGGGUAUUUGUUCCAUAGCACAAAGUAUUUCCCCACUCUUGCAUCAUAGCACAAACUACCAAAUUGUAAUGAUUGGAUUCCAGCAAUAAUUUUUAGAGGUUUUCAAACUGGCAUAAUUUUGAUAGGUUAGUUAAAAGUUUGAGCUUUUGAUUUAGAUCUCUAAAUGGUGACCGUUUACAAGGUUUUAUCUAGCUUUCUUAUUUAUACUUGACUGAAUUAUAAUGAUUUUUUUCUAAUCAUAAUUUGACCUAAUAGCCAUAAAAUAUGACUCUAAGUCCUGACUACAUUUAGCUUUUCAGGUUGUAGAUAUUACUUCAGUUUCGGUGCUGGAAAAUAUGUACAACAUACUAACAAUUGAAAAAAGUAGAGGGAUUUGAUUUGGGGUGGGUUUUUUUCAAAGCAGGUAAAGAGGGCAGCAAAAAAUUAGAGUGGUGUCCUCAAGAAUGCAUUUUCACUAUGUGUGUGGAGGAAAAAAAAUUAGUAAGCAAAGAUAAUCAGAGGCUAAAGCUUAACCCUUUCACAUAGAAAUAAAUCCCGUGGGUGAGCAGCCCCAGAUUGUAGUAUAAUAUUUUUUACUAUGAUGCUAUUUUAUUAGUAUUUUCUAAUUUCAGUACACAUAAUGAAUGUUUGAAAAUUGCUGGGUCCUAGUGUUGGUGGCUGUGGGAGUUCUUGGACCACUUGCUAGCAUUAAUUUAAAAAAUAACAAUUAGCUAAAAUCCCCCUCCCAAAACAAAAAACCAACAAGAAAAAUUGUAUGGUGCAGAACAUGCACCUUGACAAUGGUACUAACUUGUUAUUCCAUAGAACACAUUAGAAUAGAUCUAUUUUUGCCAGAGCACCCUCUUUCAGUCCUACAUUUCACUAGAGUUCCUUAAGAAAUUGCUGUAUAUUCAAGGGACCUUUUUUAAAAAGAAGCAAAACAAGAUUACUUUUUUUCUAUGUGAGUAAUAUCUUACUUGAUCUGCUUUUCCUAAACCUCAGUGACUUUUCCCUUAGGCAGGGGCAGGGGUGGGAGGGCAACCUACUGGACAUGACUGUUUUCAGAUACUUUAAAAAAAAUCUUUUGUAGAAAUGCUUAAUUUUUAAGCGGUUAGGCACUGAGAGUAGCAGAAAUCCUGCAAAGCUUUAUAGUCCUUUAGACAUUCACCUUGUUGUUUCUCGAUGUGAUGUUUUGAUUUCAGUACUCAUGUUUUUCUCGUACCCUGUAUCCACUGGAAAAGGGGUGUCUUCAGGUAACAUUUGUUAGCACAGAUAUCUCAGACCGACAUGUAGUGCUCCCUCUCAUUUGUCACUUUCAUUUCUCAGCCAUUUUUGUUGUCUGUUUCGGAAGUUCAUAUUGCUAUGGUGUGUACUUUAAUGUGCCAGAAAACACCAUCUACACUAACAUUUUUCCCACAAGCAUCCUCAAGAGGAAAGUUGUUGCACCUUAUGUAUGUCUCAAAGCAAACCAAAAUAUGAUGCUUUUCUGCGUUGUCUUAUUCUAAAUCGUUGUAUCAUAUCUUUCUGAAACCAUUCUGAAUUUAGUUGAAAUGAUCCAUAUUUAAGCUUUGAACCUUAACUUCUGGAUUCAAACCUGUACAUAAAUCUUUUGGAAAAAAAUUGUCCUAGCCCUUCUCUGUGAGACUGAAUACUGGGUGAUAAGUCUCAGAUGCAGACUGUACUGUUCCAGUUUUCAUUAGCCUCUUAUUUAUUUAGUUAUUCUGGGUAUUCCUAUGUAAUUUUGAAGCGUGUAGAAUAUAUAUUAGUAACUAACUACAGCUCUAAGAAGCUGAGUGAGAGAAGAAUACUGUAAGACAUCCUCUUUACGGUUUCAUUUGUUUGGAUACUGUAAUGAGAUCGAGAAAAGGAAAAAUGUCCCACAGCCACAUUGAAGAUACAGGUUCUUAUGCCAAAUUAGGUUAGUUCCCAGGUUUCAGAUCAAAAAUAUAUUCACUAAAGCCCUUCGUAAAGGAUAAAUCAUACUGUCGUUAUUCUGACAGUCUUUUCCCCACAAAUAUGAAGAAGUUAUUUCAUUAUGUCAGAUGAGCUUCCUACAAAUGUCGUCGUGAAGCCAGGCUGAAUUCAUUCCCACAUUAUCAACUGUUGUUCUGAUUCCUGCCAUUAAAACUGCUGGAGAAAAAAAAAAGUGAUGGAACACUAUGAACAAAAAGGAGCAUCUGAACAGGUCUGAUUGUUUAGAGUCCAACAUGUUUAGUCCCUGUUGUUUUCUUAGUAAGUCAGAUGCGACCCUGCCUAAGUCAUAUAUAUAUCUAUAUAUCUAUAUAUAAGAAGUUGUUUGCACUCUGUAGUCUUUGGCUCAUUACCUAGAAAUGUUUGCACCUAUGUAAAAUCUGAAGCAGAUUAUAAAAUGAUACAGAACCAGGAAGUAAGCUGAAAACGGAAUGACAUGCUUAUUGUUUAUACCAUGUGUGGGGGGGUGGGGCAGGGGAGGAUCAAAUAGCUGUUUCGUGUUUGGCAUUUGGCAUUAAUGUGAAGCAGUGGGACCACGCUGCCUGCUAAACUACUGUAUAAAACCUAAGCGUUCUGGAGACCAGGCCAGAGGCCGGCAUUCGUCCAGCAGAGAAGAAGCACCACGCUUCCUUCGAGACCUGAGGCAUUGUUUGUAAAGGGAAAUUUGGGGUGUCCGUGAUCAGGAUACAAAGGAGAUUCGCCUUUGAUUGCACUGCUCCAUAGAGCCCUCGUGUAUAAGGCCAAUUCUAAUGGGCUACCUCGGCUUUAAAGGUUUAUUUCAGUUAAGUCCUGUUUUCAAAGUUUGUCCUUUUUUUUUUUUUUUGCUUCUCCCUUCAGUGCCACUAUUUUCCACUGCAGUGUUUUAACUUUGCAAACCACCUUCUCCAGAGAGAACAAUGUAUUGCUGAAAAUGGGCAUUAGAAGCAAGUGCUAUUAUUCCAUUUGACCUAUAAAGUAUUCCAAGUGACUGCUAGGUGGAAAUUAAAAGUUUGCUUUCCCCCAUAAAGUCCUGUUUUGCACCUUAUAGUGUACUAAUCGUUAGUUGUUGUUUUUUCUUUUUUUAUUUAUGCAGUAAAUACAGAGAUUUUUGAGUUUGGGGAUUUUUUAGGUUGACUAACAUCAUAAUUUUAAAGGAGAGAAACAAACACUUGUUCAGUUCAUCUUACCAGAUGUUUCUGGUGAAGUAUUCAGGGUUUGGUGGACUGCUUUGCUUUAGUUUGGAAGCAAUAGCUCGACUUUUUAGAG